AUGCAGGAUGGCAGGCCACCACUGCAGGAGGGCAGACCACCACUGCACGAGGGCAGACCUCCACUGCAUGACGGCAGGCCUCCAAUGCAGGAUGGCAUGCCACUAAUGCAGGAUGGCAGGCCACCACUACAGGAUGGCAGACCUCAACUGCAAGAUGGCAGACCACCACUGCAGGAGGGCAGGCCACCACUGCAGGAUGGCAGGCCACCACUUCAGGAUGAGAGGCCACCAUUGCAGGAUGGCAGGCCACCACUGCCGGAGGCAGGAAACAACUGCAGAAUGACAAACCACCACUGCAGGAUGGCAGGCGACCACUGCAGGAGGGCAGGCCUCCCCUCGAGGAUACGACCGCUGCAGGAUGGCAGGCCACUACUGCAGGAUGGCAGGCCACAACUGCAGGAAGGCAGAUCACCACUGCAGCAUGGCAGGCCACCACUGCUAGAAGGCAGGCGACCACUGCAGGAUGGCAGGCCACUACUGCAGGAAGGCAGGCAACCACUGCAGGAUGGCAGGCAAACACUGCAAGAUGGCAGGCCACCACUGCAGAACUGCAUACCACCACUGCAGGAUGGCAGGCCACCACUGCAGGAGGGCAGACCACCACUGCACGAGGGCAGACCACCACUGCAGGAUGGCAGGCCACCACUACAGGCUGGCAAGCCAAAACUGCAGGAAGGCAGACCACCACUGCAGGAAAGCAGGCCACCACUGCAGGAUGGCAGGUCACCACUGCAGGAUGACAGGCCACAACUGCAGGAAGGCAGGCCGCCAAUACAUGAAGGCAGAUCAUCACUGCCGGAUGCCAAGUCACCACUGCAAGAGGGCAGACCACCACUGCAGGAUAAUAGAUAA